AUGAACAUUGAAGGUCAUGCCAGAAACUUUGAAGCAUACGAACUACCAGCAAUGUUAGAUAAGAAAGCCGACAAAACAGAACUUCAAACAAUGAAGACUCAGAUUCUUGAAACCAUAUAUCCUAUAGGCUCUAUUUAUACGUCAAUGAACUCAACAAAUCCGGCAAGUGUUUUAGGUUUUGGUACGUGGCAGCAGAUUGUAGAUAAAUUCUUAUACUGUGCUAACUCUUCAAAGCAAACAGGAGGCUCAAAGAAAAUUAAAGAAGCAAACUUACCUGCGCACACUCAUACAGGAACGACAAACCUUUCUGGCGACCAUAGCCACUCAUUAAGAGACCACCCAUUAUACAACUCAGACUAUAAAGCUGGCAAUGACGUUUUAUCUCCAUCUUAUAACAAUUCAGCAAAAAAGACUUUUCGACCAACUGAACCAGGAGGAAAUCAUGUCCAUACUUUCACAACAAAUCCAACAGGCUCGGGUGAAGAUUAUAUGCCACCAUUUAUGACGGUUUAUGCAUGGUACCGCGUUCAAUGA